CCUGGCAUGUCACUCACCCAGGUUACAGGCUGAGGUGUUCCACGCAUACACAGAUCCAUAACCCCCCUUCCCAGUGUUCUCUUCAUACUGUAACCGAUAGUGGAAGCAAUAGAGCCAGAUUAUGACCAUGGGACACGACAUCACUUGUUCCCCAGAAAGCACUGACUGCUCCCGGGUCACUCCCGAUAGUAGCAUUGAACACAUCGAGCCCAUAUCCGCACCUAGAAUCUCUAAGGGAGUUUCUGAUCUCUUUCCUGCUACCUCUAGUCCAAAAUUACUAGACUACAUUUCCCACAAUACAACUGACUUUGCCAAUUUAGCAGGACACAAAGUCUAUUACAAUAAUGCACAUUACAAGUCCCUCUUUGUCCGGGAAUUGUCAGAUACCUUGGCCCGGCCACCCCACAUUGUCUCCAAACAGAUAAUGGAUGGGAGCUUCCCCAUGGUUACCAGUGGCUCCAUUAGCAUGCCUACAGGCACAGAAAAGGGCAGGUUUAUAUCCGUGGAGAUUGGUGGAUCCACCAUCAGAGUGUCCAUCAUUGCGUUGGACGGUAACGCUAGCUUCCAAGUAAUCAACCACGGGGAAUCUAUUAUCACCCAAGAGGUCAAAGAUCGCUCUGGGGAGGCUUUCUUUGAGUACUUGGCCAGUUUCAUUAUCAAUCAGUGCAUCUUGGCCGGGGUAAACUACAAAGGGUCGGGCCACUUACGCAUGGGUCUCACAUGGUCCUUUCCCAUCCAGCAAAUAUCCCUUUCCCAAGGGAAUAUCUUGGCCAUGGGUAAAGGAUACAACGUGUGCAAAGACAUCCAAGGGUGGGAGUUGAACAACACCUUUUCUACAGCGUUCCGCAACUUGGGGGCCCACAUAGAAAUUGGGGCUAUCUUGAACGAUACGGUGUCGUCUCUUUUGGCCUACAAGUACAAUUGUCCAUCGGCUAACACGACCAUCAGCUAUGUUUUGGGGACGGGUGUCAACGCCGCCAUCAUAUUGCCCUCUGGCGAUAACACCUACACGUUGUACAACACCGAGUUGUCUUUCUUUGGCGCACAGCUCCCUACCAGCAAAUGGGAUAAAAUCGUGGACAGUCUGAAUGAAAAACCGGGCUUUCAGCCACUCGAGUUUUUGGCCGGCGGGAGAUACUUGGGGGAGAUUCUUCGCGUUGUGUUGCAGGACCUUGUUCAUCAGGGGUGCCUUUUCAGCAACGUUAACCAAGGCGCAUUGAAAGCCGCGCUUCAAAGACCGUUCUCAAUCUCCACUAAAGCAUUAAAUGACAUGGAACUGUUUAGGGCUUCGAAAGAGGAUUGGAAUGCAAACGACGAUUCCGAAUUCCUCCACCUUCUUUUUGGGGACGUUGGGGCAUUCACCGGCGCCUCUACCAACGACGUGGACGUGGUGCACACAUUGGUCAAGAUGCUUUCUCUGAGAUCCCAGAUCCUUUGUGCGUUGUCAAUCGCGUCCUUGAGCGAGUUCAUCUCGUCGGAGUACUCCAACACAGGCAAGACAACUACCUUGGAGGUGGAAGUUGCGGGUUCCGGUUCCGUCAUUCAACACUACCACGGGUUCAAGUGUUCUUUGGGUGAGUAUGCUCACGAGUUCUCUAAUGAAGGGAGAAGUACCAAACAGGGGCACCUUCGCUACAGCAUUAAUAACAGCUCCGAUACGGGUGCGAUUGUGGGUAAUGCGGUCGCGUGUUGUUUGAGCAGUGCAUAAAGUUUAGAUCAUUUUUAGACCUCGAUUCCAACAGGCAUUUAAACCAAAGAUACAAUAAA